AUGUCAACCGGAAUCAAGGGUAUGACCAAUUCUUACAAUUCGAAUUCGUGUCCACAGAUGUAUGCAAUUGAACUUUCAAUACCUUUCAUUCAACGAGCGAUUGAAGUUCUUGAUCUUUCUUCUUUACCAUCGACGCAACUACUAAUUAUUGCUGAUUUUGGUUCAUCACAUGGUUUAAAUUCAAUAACAGAUACAUUUACUCGAUUUCAACAAGGAAAAUUAGCAUUGGAUGUAUUUUUAAAAGAUCAAGCUCGAUUUUUACGUAAUUGGGCUGAACCAUCAUUACGAGAAACAUUAGAAAGAAAUAAUCAUCGUUUAAAAGAAGAAGUCGAAACAUUACUAGAUGAAUUUUGA